AUAUCUACAACGCUUAACCAAAGAAUUAAGGUUAGAAUGCUGACGUGUCUCGUGCUGCGUGGCUGUGACGCUGUGAAGCUGGUGUUGACAAGUAUCAACAGGUGUCUGUUUAUCUUUCCUUCGUCGUGCGUAUAAUAUAACAGCAUAAUAUAACUCGUGCAUUCGUUUUUCGUUACUUUCGUACUCAAUGAUCAUUGACCGUAGUAUCCGAAAAGAAGUGUUGUUUGUUAUUAUUUCUUAUUACACAAGAUCAAAAUGUUUAUACAGAUAACAAUUUAGUAGUCCUUAUAUUAUAUGUAUUGUUUUUAUUCUGUGUUUAUAUCAUGAAAUCAUGAUCGCACAUAGCUCGUUAAAUCUCAUAUUCGACAUUCGAAAGCGAUGACUGCAUUAUGAUGGUUUAAAAUUGUAAAUACUUAUUGGUUACACGGUAUUCCACAGUCCCACUGAGCACAUACUAUAUAUUAUUUAGUAUUAACACUCUUAUAUGUUUUGGAAGUUCUAAAGCCAAAAAUGUCCAAGAUUUCACCAGAAAUAUGUUUGCCACAAAAUAUAAGACUAAAUAAAUUCAUUAAACAAGAAUAUAUUGAUGAACCGACAGAAAACUAUGAUGAUGCUAAUGAUUGUCAAACAACUUAUCAAUGUGACAUAAAUGAUUUUAAAUGUAAAAUAGAAAAUCUAGAAACUGCAAUAAAAACUGAAGUGGAUACAAUUGGUAUUAAUGUAUAUGAAACUUUUAUCAAGAGAGAACACAAUGAUGUACCAUCAGUUGUGUCUAAUACAAUUGACAAGUUACACUUUGAAAAUAAUCCUAAACAUUCCAAUCUCAACAAAAAAGCCUUAACUAAAAUUAAACGCAAAUUGAAAUCGUCAGAAAAAAAUGAGGAAAAACUACACAAAUGUACCAUUUGUAACAAAUCAUUUGCAUUCCAAAAAUAUCUCAAUAGACACUUUAAGAUUCAUAAGACUACUAAAACAUACAAAUGUGAUAUUUGUAAAGAAUCAUUUUCUAAUGCAUCGAGAUUUAAUAGGCAUACAAUGAUUCAUAAACCUGGCUAUGAUAUAUUAAAACCAUACAGGUGUCAUAUUUGUUUUAAAUCGUUUGCUCAAUUAUCAUAUUUAUGUAAACACAAAAUUAUUCAUAGAACUCAUAAGCCAUUUAUUUGUGGUAUAUGUAAUAAAUCAUUUUUUCAGAAACAUAGUAUCAGAAAACAUAUUAGGGUUCAUACAGGAGAAAAACCUUACAAAUGUUUAAUUUGUAACAAAUCUUUUUCUGAUGUAUCAAAUUUAAAUAGACAUAAAGUGAUUCAUAUACCCUAUGAUCCAUCAAAUCCUGAUGCUCAAAAACCAUAUAAAUGUAAUAUUUGUUUUAAAUCAUAUUCAACAAACCACGAACUCAAAAAACACAAAAGAAUUCAUACGGGUGAAAGACCGUUUAAAUGCAAUGUUUGUAAAAAAUCAUGUUUACGUAAACAAGAUAUGGAAAGACAUGUUAGAAUUCAUAUGGGAGAGAAACCAUUUGAAUGUUUGGUUUGUAAUAAAUUUUUUACUCUUGAAUCAAAUUUAAAAAAACACAAAAAACUCCAUAUUAUACCCCGUGAGAUGUUAUAUAAAUGUGAUAUUUGUAAUGAAUCUUUUUUACGAAAAUACCACAUGAAAAGUCACAUUCAGAUUCAUAUGGGAGAAAAACCAUAUAAAUGCAUGACCUGUUAUAAAUCUUUUCUGCAAGCAUCAAGUUUAAGUAAACACAAAAUUGUUCAUAAACCCCAUAAACCAUUUAAUUGUGCUAUCUGCAAAAAAUCAUUUGCUCAGAAAAAACAAAUAAAAAUUCACCUGAAAAAACAUAAAAUAUAGUAUAAUAGUUAAAAAGAGAAUCUGAAGAUCAAACAUAAAUUAUCCUUUCGUUAAAUUAUAUAUUUUAUUAUUUAUGCAAUAUUAAAUAUAGUAGAUACAAAAUAGAAGAGUAUAUUUUGUUAUACAAUACCUAUACAUAUUAUUUGAGUUAUAAGAUUAACAUGGUUUACUUAACCGAUUUUACAAAUUAUUUUUUUUUGAAGAAGUAUAUGGAAUCAUUUAUUAAUGUUUUGUGACUAUACAUUAUUUUAUCUACAUUGUGACUUUUUCAUAAUAUAAUUUAGUAUCAUCUUUAAUUAUUUUUUUUUAUAUUGUAUUUUCCUGAUCUAAAAAUUGGUUUGCCAUCUGAGUUUUUGUUAACUCUUUAUUUUUUAUUAUUUUAUAAAAUUUAGUGUAAAAUAAUCUUUUCCCCAAAAAUUGUUAAAUAUAGUUUAAGAAAUAAAUGAUAGAGCAGAAAUAAAUAUUAGGAUUAAAUUAAUCUGUAGGUUCUUUACUUUAAAAUAUAUGUUUACUUUAUUUAUGUCAUAUAACUCAAUAUUAUACAUUUUAAUAUACAUAUUACUUAGAAUUCACAAAAUUAGCUUAGUUUAUAAUUUUGGACUUAAGUUAUGAAUUAUUAUAUUUAGUAUAUAUAUUAGUUAUUAUAUUAUAUUAUUAUUUUAAGUUUUAAUUAAAUUGGAUCUUUUGGUAAUUGUUCAGCGGCUUUUGUAGGGUGGUGGGUAGAGGUGCAAUCUACCCACCCCUCCAUCUGAAAUUAAUUCCUAUAUACGCCACUGUAAUUGUUAACUGUACGAUUAUUUGGUAAAUAUGUAACAAUUAUGUAUUUAUGUAAUUAUGUUGUGCGUUUAAUAAUGUAUUCAAAUUUCAAAGGGCUUGUCCCGUGAAUUUAUAAUAAAUAAAUAAUUAGUUACAAUUAA